AUGGACCAGAAUAUUAAUUUGAAUUCCUUGACACCUGCACAAAAAGGACAGCUAAUGGAACAAAUGAGAGCUGAAGUUGCUUUGGCGAGUGCCAGAGAGUUAUUGGAAAAAAUGUCGGAUAAAUGUUUUGAAAAGUGUGUUUCUAAACCAGGAACAAGUUUAGAUAACUCAGAACAGAAAUGUAUAGGUCUGUGCAUGGAUCGCUAUGUAGAAGCCUGGAAUUUAGUCUCUAAAGUAUUUGCAGCACGUAUAAGACGGGAAGCUGAAAAGUUGUAA